GACGGAAAGUGGAGAGGAAGAGAGAACGGGAGAGCCAGAGUUGGAGAGAAAGAAGGGGGAAAAAAGAAGCUCCACUCGGGUUUGCCAGUGGUCGUGCACAGUCUUCCAACAUUUACUCGGUCCUCUUGUUUUUUUUGUUUUUUUUUCCUCCUUUUCUUCUUCUUCUCCUCCGUCCGCACCCCCCUUGUCAGCUCUUCUUCUCUCUCUCUCUGUGACUCUUUUGCAGAUCAGAAUACAACCAAUACCAUGUGCAGUUUUGCCAACCAAUCUUUUUUUUGUUGUUGGUAUUCAUCGAAAUAUUUUUCUCUCCACGUCUUUGUGAACAAAGAAGAAUGUUUUGAUUUUUGAUCCUUUUUUUUCUGCCUCACGUAUUUUAACUUAAUUUUUACACAUCAGAGUCUAUUUUAUCUUAAUGGCUGACAUAGAGAGCUUGCUAAACUUUUCUGCACUCUCCUUCUGAUGUGCACUUGAGCAGCACCUUUUCCGCUCUUCACUCUUGCUCCAGUACCUCUUGUGUUCCUGUGCUGGUAUUGCACUGUGCCUCUUUUUUGGCCUGUCUCCUCUUUCUCAGAUUUCCCCCCCCUGCUGCUUUUAUUGGACAGUUUCUCAGCUUCUGUUUUUGCUUUUUUUUUUCUUCUUCCACAGUCUUUUGUUUUGUAAUAUUCACAGCAAUACUCCAGCGCUCAACAAUCCAGUCACUUCACUGGUUCUGGUUCUGCAUUUUAAGUUUACCCACAAUCGAUGGAGUGAAUUUAUGAUGAAAGAGCGAAAUGGAUGAAUUCCACCCCUUCAUCGAGGCCCUUCUGCCCCACGUCCGCGCCUUCGCCUACACCUGGUUCAACCUGCAGGCCCGCAAGCGCAAGUACUUCAAGAAGCACGAGAAGCGCAUGUCCAAGGAGGAAGAGCGUGCGGUGAAAGAUGAGCUACUCGGGGAGAAGCCAGAGAUUAAGCAGAAGUGGGCCUCGCGCCUGCUGGCCAAGCUCCGCAAGGACAUCCGGCCCGAGUUCCGCGAGGACUUUGUGCUCACCAUCACAGGCAAAAAGCCCCCGUGCUGCGUGCUGUCCAACCCUGACCAGAAGGGCAAGAUUCGUCGCAUCGACUGCCUGCGCCAGGCCGACAAGGUGUGGCGGCUGGACCUGGUGAUGGUCAUCCUGUUCAAGGGCAGUCCCCUAGAGAGCACGGACGGAGAGCGGCUCGUCAAGUCCCCACAGUGCACCAACCCUGGCCUGUGUGUCCAGCCACACCACAUCGGAGUGUCUGUCAAGGAGCUGGACCUUUACCUUGCCUACUUUGUCCACACGCCAGAAUCUGGACAAUCAGACAGCUCCAGCCAACAGGGAGACACAGACAUCAAACCACCACCCAAUGGACACCUGAGUUUCCAGGACUGCUUCGUCACCUCAGGAGUGUGGAAUGUGGCAGAGCUAGUCAGAGUGUCACAGACUCCUGUAGCCACGGCGUCAGGGCCCAACUUCUCACUGGCUGAGCUGGACAGCAGCCCCAGCUACUACAACAUUAACCAGGUGGCUCUGGGUCGGCGCUCACUCACCUCCCCUCCUUCCACCAGGUCUGAGGUGGAGUUGUACGCAAAUCUUCCACGGAGCUCCACCAAGAGGAAGUCCUUAGAUGACAGUGAGUUGGAGAGCCCAACGGAUGAUGUUUUUUAUCCUGGACGUUCACCUGCUGCCAGCUCUUCCCAGUCCAGUGCGUGGCCUAAUGACAUGGAUGCAGUGCAGCACCAUUUGGCGAGUGUGCAGGAGAGGAAGAUAAAACAUGAAAACGAUGGCGUGCAGUUUCCUUACCAUGGACUGUCCUCGCCUGGUUCACUUAAGAAGCCGGGGAAGUUUGAUUUCAACGCCCUGACUUCCCAGACGAGGUCCCCCCGCAUGGCGUUCACACACCACCCGCUGCCUGUGCUGGCAGGAGUGAGACCAGGGAGCCCUCGUGCCUCAGCUUCAGCCCUGCAUUUCCCUUCCUCCUCUAUCAUCCAGCAGUCCAGCCCAUACUUCACCCAUCCUACCAUACGCUACCAUCACCAGGACCCACUUAAGGAUUUUGUGCAGUUUGUGUGCACAGAUGGCACAGGACAGCCCAGUGCACAGCCAAAUGGAGGUGGCCAGAGCAAAAUGCCGGGCUCCUUCCUGCUGCCCCCGCCACCCCCGGUGGCGCGCCCUGUGCCCCUCCCUAUGCCCGACUCUAAAACCAUCAGCACGCCCACUGACGGUGGACUCAGCUCACCCGCAUCGCCGUCAUACUCCACGCCAGGCUCCACAGCUCCCAACCGGUUUGUCGGCAUCGGAACACGGGACAACUUUCUGAAUAUCCCCCAGCAGACUCAGUCCUGGUUCCUCUGACAAGGCCUCUCUGAAGCAACAGCUAAACGUGUGUCAUGAAAAUUGGAAAUCUGAAAAACAAAAACGCAUCACCGCUGAUAAAGAACAAACUGCUGACACUAAAAAGGUCUUUCUCGCCAAACACUAUUGAAAGUACUACUACAGAAAACGGAAAAACCCCACAGCGCCCCAAGAGGACUCCCACUCCAACACGAUUCGAAUAGGACUGUGUGUCCCCUUUUCAUGGAGGAGGCUCCAAUGAGAUUGGACGGACAGACUCAGAAUGCAGGGAAGAGGAAGAGGAGGAACUGUCUCACAAACACUUUGAAAUGGCAGAAAGGAAACACAAUGUAAAAACCUGACAAAUGACCAAUUUAACAUUUGUUUAUCUUUCUUUUAUAUACAUAUAUUAUAUAUUUCUUUUACAUUUUGUUGUCUCCACAAUGAAACUCCAUGCAUUGGCUGGGAGAUCCAAAAAUAAAAAAUAAAAAAUGAACGUAAUGACAAACGGCGGAGUCAGAUGUGCAAGUUGAAAAGAUCACUACCCACAUUUCAUACGUGCAUAUCCACAUUUCAUGGAUAUGCACGUUUCAUGGAUAUGAAACGUGCAUAUCCAUGUAUGCACAUCUCUCCCGCAGCGUCACGGUCCCACUUUCCACCCACUGCCCCACAUAACGCCAUCACAGCUGGAGCUCAAGAGUUAACCACGGCCUCAUACCUCUGUGUCAGCACACUCUGCCGCUCCACUCACUCAGCCCUGAGCCCCUUUCAUUUCCGAUUGGCCAAUCAUGGUGACACCAUCUGAUGGUGUGACAUAUAUGCACUAAGUGGCUGGUCUUUGUUUACCUGUCGAAGAAUCAGGGCGUCCUGCUAGUAGGAGAAGUGAAAGUCAUGAGGCGAGUGCAAGAAAGUGAACACACGACAGACAGUCAUAACACUAACUCUACAUGUGCUCUUUCGUCCCCUCACCUAUGCACUAUUAAUUCAUUUUCAAUAAGGGAUGAAUCAUGUUGCACAUCAGUGGUCAGAUGAGUGAUUGGAGGAGAGGACCGAGGUUGACUGUCACCGUAGGGAUGAAGCUCUGUUAACGUCUUGGCCCCUAAACAUGACACAUUCUCAGUCACAAGCAUGCACACAAGCACCCUAUUAUCCAUCAACAGCAGUGCGUGCACAGCUUCAGUUUAUUAGCUUUAAUUUUGUUUUUCUUGCAAUUUCUUUCAGAUUUGGUUUUGGGUUUGUAUCACCUGGAUUGUUUUGCACCUUCUCUUGCAUGUCAUGCCACCAUGCGUUUCUGUAGUUUGCAGUUAUUCAUUAAGUAGCACAUUCAGACUUUAGCAGCAGUUUCUCAAACUUCUCACAAAUGGACAGCACAGUGGCAACAGCUCAUCACAUGCAUCCCUUGCAUUGCUUCAUGCUGCAUCCCAGUCACAUCAACAUCCAGAAAACACACACACACACACACACAUACAUAUACAAAAUGCACACUAAAACCACCGGCAACCUGAAUAAAAGGGAAGCCUUUUAAACUUGGUUCUCCAAACCGCCUUUGUUAAUGGUUUUUCAUUCAUUUAAAGGUUGUCUUUUUAAUUUGAACUAUUUUUAUGUAAAUGUUCACAUUAGAAUCGCUGUUAUUUUCAUCAUGACACAAUCCAACUCACAAAAGCUGACCUCACAAAAUAACUGGACUGCCGGGCUAUUGGUUCUGUUUUGCAGGGAUAGUAAACCGGGCUGUGAGAGGACUUUCUGGGUCUCUAUAGAAACAUUAGCUCUAUGUACAGCAAGUCUACGACAAUAUAUGGAAGUGCCUCUGUAUUCCCUCCAUGCAAUUAGUAAUUAACUUGACUUCAGGUUCUAUUCCCGUAUAUAAGCUAAGGCUACAGGGAACGUUGGUGUUGGUGCAUGUGGAAAUCUUUGGCCCAGGACGGAUGUUCAUAGAGGACUGCAACCAUUUUUUUUUUCUUAUAAAGACAGAGAGAUAAUAUACAUAUAUAUUUAUGAUGAAUGCUUCUUUUCCACUUUUACUCCUCAAGCUUGUUGGCAGUCUAGUUAUUUUCUGAACUCUUACCCCCCCACACACACAAUCCGUUUCAGUAAGAUCGCCUUGCUGUUUCGAAUCAAAACGACACACACCAUCGCCAUCUGCAUUAUAAUACCUAGAUGAUCAUGUUAAAAAAAAAAGAAUCGACCUUAGGUUUGAAGAAAAGUGUUUGUUUUUGAUGGAAAGUAUUAUUAUUGAAAAUAAUGUGUCGAUUGAGCCACGUGCAAUGCAUUGGGUAGAUCAUUGUGUUUGUCUGUUAGAGAUUUUUAAGAAAGCUACGAGAAAAGAGAAAAAAAAAAUUGUAUUUGUUUCAAGUCCGUAAGCUCCGGGACUCUAAACUAGAGGGCCAUGAAAAAUCCUAGUCUUUGUAAGUUGGGGGGUAUUUGUUUUUAUUUCUUUUGUCUCUUUUUUAAAAUGUUUUAUGUGUAAUCAUUUGUUUAUAAAAAUGUGGGAGGGCUGAAGGAAAAAAAAAUAAUCUACACAGCUUCAAAACAGAAUCUAUCAAAUGAAAACUGGUGCUUUAACACUAUAAAUCCAGAUUCCUUUUCAGAACUAUUAUAAAUGAACAAAAGUAACAGACCAUUUAGGAAACAGCAUUAUUCCUCUCUCUUUGUAUUCUUCUCUUUGUAUCUAGUAUGGGGAGAGGUUCCUGUUCCUUAAGGUUGUGACACAAAAGGCAUUCUGGUUCAACCUUUCGAAAGAAGCAAACCCUAAACAGAAAACUUAGCCAUGCACUGCCUGAAACUCACCAGCAAAAGCGAAACAACCCUCCCAGUUUCAUUCUCUUUUUUUUCCCCACACAAAACAUUGGCAUAAACAGCUGAAAUUAUUCUCUUCCUCCUGAUGCUUCACAUCCAUAAUCCUCGUUUUUUUUUUUUUCUUCAACCUUUUCUUGAAUCCAGAGUUGGAAUUGGAGUUCUGGUGCUGAUGUGGAUACUGAACGUCUGUACAGAUAACAUAAAGAGAAAGGGGGCAUAAUAGCAUCUAAUCAGGCAGAAAUAAGAGGUCUGAGCCAUUUAUAUAGCAGUCAGCAAGGUGAGCCUCUCCCCCUUCCUUUCCACUCCCUCCUUUGUAAAUGAUGACUCUUAUAGUGCUUGUGCCGUAGUGUAUAGUUUCCCAGCUGUAAAGGUUGUCCCUUGAAAGUGCCUUUUGUUCACAGACUCCAUUUUGUAAUUCAAAAUGCCCCUUUUUUUGUUUUGUUUUGUUUUUUGGAAAUGGCUUUAGGUUGCAGGUUGCCCCUGAGUGUCACAAGGCGGCAAAAGAUUGCUGCCCAAUCAGCGCUCAGGGAAAGCUCCUUCCUCUGGCUGUAAAAUGAAUCCCCUCUUCAAUGUUCCUCCCCUCUAAUCCUUACUUCAUUUUCAAAGCUGUGUAUCUAUAUGUUUAUAAUAUAUAUAUAGAUAUGCGCCUUUGUAAAGUACAAAAGAAAACUGGUGUGAAUUAGUUCUUUACUUUUUAUUGAUAAAUGAUGAAAAAAAAAAAAUUCAAAUAGGCAAAAAAAAAAAAAAAACUUGUUCUUGUUCAACUCUUGCUUUCGUUUUCUUUUCCUCCGUCUCCACUGUCUGUUUUCUCUUAGGCACUGGAGUAGUCUGUAACUGUGUCCGUCACUCUCCGUCUCUCUCGCGCGCGCUCUGUCCCGCCCUCUCCGCUGUGGCGAGGGUAAAAAUAGAAGAAGAAAAAAAAAGAAAAAAACGAGAAAAAAAUAUUUGCAGAGGAACUUUUUGUCUGAGCAGAAUGCAGUUAGCUCACAUGUUAUUCUUGUCUGUAUGCUUCACAUUGUAUUACCAUACCCAUCUUCUUCAGCUUCUCCAUUCAGCAGCUAAUGUAAGUGAACAAAUUACACUGAUGGGCUGUUGGGGGUGUCCUUGGGUGGGUUCAGGAGGUACGGCAGAGUUUAAGGGUGUGUGCGCAAGAGAAGAGAGAGGUUUACAAAGAAGACUGAUGGAGUCGACAGGGCUGAAUGAACUGCUAUGGCAAUGUUGGUUAGGGGCUGCUCAGGCUAGGAUAGGAGUUUGAGCUUUUGUUUUGGCUAUUUAUAUUAUGGCUUUGUUCUAUACCCCCUUUUUGUUCCCUUUUAAUUAGGAAUUCUUUUUUUUUUCAUAUUUGCUAUCAGGGUAUGCUGUCAUUUAGGCUUCCUAUGAGGAAGCUUCGACCUGUAAAAUUAAAGCUACAAGCACCUUAUAACCGGAAAUGUCCCACAUGAGGCUGAAAGGGGUGGUUUUAUUUCCUUGGUUAAAAUCUCAUAUCAAUUCCAACCACACUUUUCAAAGAAAGGUAUUGUCGUUUACGGCAGGUUCCACACUGUGAAACCCUCAGCAGUAUUAGCCACCUAUCACGCAACAACCAGAUCGCUAAAAACGCCACCAAGAACCUGAUCUAUCCGCUUUGAGAGGAUUCAGGGAAGUCCCUCCCCGUUUCACCUCUGCCCACCUCAUGCCGGACUGCUCCGUCUUUUUGUUUUGUUGUUUAUUUUGGUCUUCUGAUCUUUUUAAUGUGUAUGGUUACUGGUGAAAUAGGCAGCCCCCACCCCCAUCUCCAGUGCCCCCCCCAGAUCCCUUGAUUCCCAGCUCUUCUGCACCCCUGUUAGUAUCCUCAGUGCAGCCCCACUUCUUUGUAAGAACACCCCCAGAGCUCUAGGUGAAAUGCAUGUGUUAAUUACAGUUUCUUUUCCAUAAGAAGAAAAACACAGUUUGAGAAGAGCAGCACCUGAUUGAAUAAAAAGGAUGUUCUUGACUGUACCA